AUAGAUCACGUUUAUGACUUAAAUACAGUUCAACACUAAUUUAAGGAGUCCUUGGAAACAUUUAACUGGAGGUGCCAGAACAGCAACUCGAAGACACCUUGUGCGAGAGCGCGGGCAAAUGGAACUAAUGAGUUCCUUGUUGUUAUGUGUGUUAGCGCUGUUACCGCAAACGUUAGGUAAAUCUGGGCCAGGAAUUCCUGUAAAGACUCAAGACGUCAAUUUAAAUACGGCUCUUACAAUCAAACAAAUGCCAACGUUGCGGAAACAUUUGCACCCUAAUAAAGAUAGAUCAUAUAUAAGUAAAAAUAUUAGGGAUAUACAGUCCGUGUUUUCUGAUAUUACAUGUAAAACGUGCCAUAUGUGUAUGGAGAGAGCAAUUAAGACACACAUGGGUAAAACUCACAUAGAAAGUCAACGUACUAAAGUAGAAGAUUUGCAGUACGAUAUGUUGACUAAUGAAAUUAAUGGAGUCCGUAGUAAACGAUCUGUUAACAGUACUGAAUAUUCGAAAAAAUAUAUUAAAAAUGAAAACAAAGGGAAAUAUAAAAAGAAUAGAACACAUAAAUAUAUAACUGUUACAAAGUAUGAUAUCAAUGACGAAGUUUAUGCUCUAAAAGUAAAAGAGAUAAAUACUCAAUUGAUUACAGAACGACAAAGUGACACAAUGAUAUCGGAGACUUGUCAAAUAUACAGUGUAAAAAAGUCUUUCCUUUGCGACUCUCGUGAAGGUGAUACGUUUUUAACUGCAGCUAAAAGAAAAGCAAAUAAAAAGAAACCUAGAAAAGUAGUGGACAAAAACAAGUCGAGUACUACAACGCAAAAAGCCAAACUGGCAACGCUUGUCUUUAAAAAACGAGAAGUAGACAAUUCCCAAAUACCAGAGAAUUUUAUGCCUUCCGUGGAAGAUCUAUAUUAAUCUUUAAUUUUGUAAUGAAAAUGAAUUUAAAUUAUAAUGAAA